AUGUCAAGUGAUUCAGAAGAGGAAAGUUAAAAUUCAAAUUAAGAUGAAAAUGUUAUUCAAUCUAAAAAAUCUUUCAAUAAGAAACCUAAAGAUUUAGAAAUUAAAUUAUCAGAGGCUAAAUUAGAGAUUAUUAUGAAUAACAAUAUUGAAAGAGCUAAACAAAUUCUUGAUGAAAUUAUUAGUCAACAUGCAAGAUAUUAAAGAGCCUUCAUAAUGUAUGGUCAUAUAUGGAAAUUAUAAGGCAAUUAUGAAAAAGCAAUACAUCAUUUUACAAUUGCCACUAAAAUAAAAACAUCUCCAAAAUUAUGGAAGAAAAUUGCUAUUUUAGAGAAGAAAUUAGCAUAAAAAUUAGAAUAAGAAUAAAUAUAAAGUGAAGCAAUAUUUUAUCACUAUUAUCAAGCUGCUAAAUAUCUUGGUAAAUUAUUAAGAUAAAGAAAUAAAGCUCCAAAUAUUUAAUUAAUGUCUGAAAGAGUUGAUUGUUUAGAAAAAUGUUAUGAAUAUGAAAAAGGUAUUAAAUAAUUGAAAGUUUUGGUUGAUAUUGCAAUUAGUUUAUAAUAACAUCAAUUACAUUAAGAGAGUAUUAAGAGAAUGGCAAAAUUAUAUGUAAAAAAGAAUUAAUUAGAAGAUGCAAAAUAAAUAUUAAAAUCUAUUCCUUUGACAGAUAAAUCUACUAUUAUGAUAUGUGAAAUUUUAGAGAAAUCUAAAAAUUUAGAAGAAAUGAGAGAAUUAUUAGAUGAAUACUUUGGAUCAAAAACUAUGACUGCUAUAUUAAAAAAUCACAGUUAUAGAUUAGUCAAUUUUUAUUUAUAAUGUUUAUAAUAAAGUUUUAAUGAUUAUCAAUAAAUUGUAGACUUUUAUUUAAACAGUGAUAAAAAUACAUAAUUAUAAGAAUAAUCUUGUAAAAGUUUAAUUGAAUUAAUUGAUAAAUUAGAUAAUAUACCUAAAUAAGAACUAUUAUAAGUUUUAUAUAACUAUAGAGAUUAAUUCAGUCCAUAAUUAAAGUAAGAAAUUUUAACUAAAUUCAAUAAUUUUAAUUUUAAUUCUGAUGCAUAAUAAAUUAUUGAAGAACCUCCAAUUCCUGUUUAACCAAAUACUAAAGAUUAAAUUCUAUUUUUAUAUAAGAAAUUGAAACAUACAACUGAUGUUAAUGAAAAGUAUGAUUUCUUAAGAAAAAUAUUGACUUAAGAAGAAAAAUCAUAUAAUAAAUUGAAAUACUUUGAUGGAAUUAAGAGAGAAGAAUAUGAAUAAUUAUUUGGUAGAAAACAUAAAAAGAGAAGAUUAAGAAAAUUUCAUACUAUUAGUAGUUAAUUAAGAAAGAAAACAACAAGUCUUUCAGUCGAAAUUGGUUAUUAAAAUUUCUUUACUAUUAUAUUAAAUGUAUUUGAAUCAUUAUUAGAGAAUGAUAAAUCUUAGGAACUAUUUAAAUUGACACAUAUGGUUUAUUAAUUAAGAUUAAAGAAAAUUGCUAAUAAUGAUAAUAAGUAUUAUGAAGAAUUUAUUUAAAAAUUGGCUUAAUAUGGAUUAUGGGCAUCUUUAAAAGAAAGAAAAUAUAGUUAUGCUCCAAUUUAUUUAAAAUAUAUUGAUGAAUAAAAUUUGAUUUUAUAUCUAAUUUAGAUUAUAGAUUAAAAUAUUUAACCUAAAUUAAGAGGUAUUUUUAAUAGUUUCACAAGAAAGAUUUCUUGUUUUUAAUAAAGUGUUAUACCAUAUAAAUUAGAUUAAUUAUUAAAGUUAAGAGAGAAUGAUUAAAAGAAUCCUCUAUAUAAUUUAUUAAUAUGUGUAAAAUAUUUAUAAGAGAUGACUGGAAGAUUAGCAACUGAUUAAGCAGAAUUAUUCAAGAAAAGUCUUUAUUAUUUUGAUUGUUAUAAAGAUUGUUAAGUUGAUUCAUUAGAAGUAAAAUAUAAUCUGGCUAGGUAAUAUUUAUAUUUUAGAUAGAAUAUAUUUACAUAUUAAUAUAGUAAAUAAAGGGAUGGAAAUUCUAGAAGACAUUUUAAGUAUCCCUUAAGAUCAUCCAGUAAAAUGGAAGGCUGGCUUUGCUUUGAUGUAGAUACAUAAGAAAUUGGGAAAUAACGAAUAAGCAUUUUAUUAUUUAAAAUAAUAUAAUACUUUUUAGUGA